UCAAGGUCUCGUCUUUCUCCGACUCUGUCUCCAACAACUUCCUUCUCUCCCACUACUAACCGAGUCCGACUCACCAUGGCCAAGAAGCAGAAGAAGAACAGCAACAACGAGAACAAAGGAGACGGUGGCGGCGAUAAGAAAACGGCGUCUAUCACCGUCGUUUUGAAGGUCGAUAUGCAUUGCGACGGCUGCGCUUCCAAAAUCGUCAAAUGCGCUCGUGCUUUCAAAGGCGUUGAGACGGUGAAAUCAGAGUCAGAGACUGGGAAGCUAACGGUGACCGGAGAAGUAGACCCGGCGAAACUCCGGGAGACACUUCAAGAGAAGACAAAGAAGAAAGUCGACUUGGUUUCUCCUCAGCCCAAAAAGAACAAUAAGAACAAAAGCGAUGAAGAGAAAAACAAAGAAAAGAAAUCAUCUGAGGAGAAGAAACCCAAAGAGGCUCCGGUGACAACGGCGGUGUUGAAGCUGAACUUUCACUGUGAAGGCUGUAUCGCUAACAUCCAAAAGACUGUCACUAAAACCAAAGGUGUGAGUGGGAUGACAAUGGACAAAGAGAAGCAGUUGGUGACGGUUAAAGGAACAAUGGACGUGAAGAAGCUCGUGGAGAGUUUGUCGGAGAAGCUGAAGCGUCCGGUGGAGAUUGUGCCGCCGAAGAAGGAUAAAGACAAAGAGAACGAGUCUGGCGACAAGAAGAAAGGCGGCGGGGGAAAGGAUAACAAAGGCGGCGAGGGGGUGAACAUGAUGGAGUACGUGGCGGCUCAGCCUUAUUACGAGUCAGCGUAUUACCCGGGUGGGCCAUAUGGGUACUAUCCGGUUCAGGCCCACGCGCCUCAGAUGUUCAGUGAUGAGAAUCCGAAUGCUUGCGUCGUUAUGUGAGGCGGCGGAUGAUAAUAUUGGAGAGUGGUGGUGGGGAGUUGUAAAUAUGCUUAUAAUCUUUGGGGUAGUUUCCAGAAAGUCGAGUAUUUACUUUAGUUUGUAAACUCUUUUUUUUUCUACUAAAGCUUCAGUUUUAACAUUUCCCUUUUAUAUGAGCUUUUUUUAGUUUUUAUUUAAAUAUGCAAAUAUUUCCCACGGUUAAGAUCAUUUUAAUUUGUUUGUUCC